GUCUCCAUGGCAACGGGGGGCGGGGCCGCGGGGGCUGCCGGGAGCCGCCGUGCGCUGACAGAUCCAGGGUCCCCGGCUGGGAUGGAGGGUCACAGUGAGGCAGCUGCCAAGGAGGAGGAGGAGGAAGAGGAGGAGGAGGAAGGGGUGCGGAUCACCCCGCAGCUGCUGAAGGCCGCCACUGGCGAGUUUGCUCUGGAGUCCAUCCUGCUGCUGCGCCUGCGGGGCCGCGGCAUCGCGCACUUGGGCUGCCUGGGCGACUGCACCAACCUGGAGUGGCUGGACCUGUCUGGCAACGCCAUCGCCCAGCUGGGGCCGCUGGCUGCCCUCCGCUCCCUUGCUGUCCUCAACCUGUCCCGCAACCGCGUGUCCAGCCUGGAGCCGCUUGCCUCCUGCCGCAGCCUGCAGAGCCUCAACCUGGCCGGCAACCUGGUGAGCAGCCUGCGGGCACUGCGGUGCCUGGCGGGGCUGCGGCACCUCGAGAGCCUGCGACUGCGUGACCCCCUUGCCCGUCUUGACAACCCGCUCUGUGCCGUGGCUGCCUACCGCGACGCGCUGGCCGACAUGCUGCCCGGCCUCAAGGCCAUUGACGGCGAGCGGGUGGCCGGCUGCGGCAGUGAGCUCUACCAGCUCUGCCGGGAUCUCGACAGCUCGCUGGGACACAGUGCCGGUGGUGGUGCCGGCGGCGGUGCCGGUGCUGACCCACCCCGUGCAGCUCAGCCCUGGGUAGAGGCUGGUUUCUGGGAGCCGCGGCCGCCGCGGCGCAGCUCCAUCAUGGAGGAGGCGUACAGACAGUUCAGGGAGGUGCUGCAGGAGUGCCGGGAGCUGGGCCGCCGCGCCGACGACACCAUUGCCCAGGCAGAGCGGGCGCUCAGCACCCGCCAUGACCCCAGCUCCUUUGUCUUCUGAGCUGUGCUGUGCCC